AUGCCGGUUACCGUCGUCGGAAGUGGGAAUUGGGGAAGUGUUGCUGCUAAGCUCAUUGCUUCUAAUGCCCUCAAGCUUCCUUCAUUCCAUGAUGAAGUGAGGAUGUGGGUGUUUGAGGAGGUUCUACCAAAUGGUGAGAAGCUCACUGAUGCAAUCAACAAGACAAAUGAAAAUGUUAAGUACCUACCAGGGAUUAAGCUAGGAAGUAACGUUGUUGCGGAUCCUGACCUUGAAAACGCAGUGAAGGAAGCAAACAUGUUGGUGUUUGUUACGCCGCAUCAGUUCAUGGAUGGUAUAUGCAAGAAACUAAGUGGGAAGAUAACAGGGGAUGUUGAGGCUAUAUCUCUUGUUAAAGGCAUGGAAGUGAAGAAGGAUGGUCCACGUAUGAUCUCAAGUCUCAUCUCCAAGCAACUCGGUGUCAACUGUUGUGUCCUUAUGGGAGCAAACAUUGCAAACGAGAUCGCUCUUGAGAAGUUUAGCGAAGCAACGGUUGGAUAUAGAGAGAGUAGAGAAAUAGCUGACACAUGGGUUCAGUUGUUUAGUACUCCGUAUUUUAUGGUCACAGCGGUCCAUGAUGUUGAAGGAGUAGAGUUGUGUGGGACUUUGAAGAACGUGGUGGCUAUCGCAGCAGGUUUCGUUGAUGGUUUGGAGAUGGGUAAUAACACAAAGGCUGCAAUCAUGAGGAUUGGUCUAAGAGAGAUGAGAGCGCUCUCGAAGCUUCUGUUUCCAUCUGUUAAAGACAGUACUUUCUUCGAGAGCUGUGUAGGAGGAAGAAACAGAAGAGUUGCAGAAGCAUUUGCUCAAAGCGGAGGAAAAAGGUCUUUUGAUGAGCUUGAAGCAGAGAUGCUACAAGGGCAAAAGCUACAGGGUGUUUCGACGGCAAGAGAGGUCUACGAAGUUUUGAACUACUGUGGAUGGCUCGAGAUGUUUCCGCUUUUUGCAACGGUUCAUCAAAUCUGCAUAGGUCGGCUUAAACCUGAAGCCAUUGUUCAUUACCGUGAGCAGAAAGUCUUCAAUUUCCUUUUCCCGGUGGUUUUUCGCUCGCCUGCUAUCCCAAUCUACGGCGACUUCUCUCCGAGUCAUCUGGGUCUAACAGUCGCUAUGACUAAAAGAGCGGCGGAAGAAGCACCUCCUUCACCGGAUAGCAGUGGAAUUGGAUCAAAGAUUUUGGGUUACUACAGAGAUCAAAUCCAGUCGCUUGCUCGCAGAAUGCACCUAACAUCUCAAUUGAGAGACAAAAACUCACUAAUCGAUGGGGAGGUGGAGGAAGAUAUACAAUUACUUAUGAAGUCUGAUCCUAGUCUCAUGAAGGACAUAGCGAGCAAAUAUACGAAUGAUGUAGUUGCCAGACUGGACAACAUGCGGGAGCAGCUUGAGAAACUCCUUGACAAUGUGGCCACCACGUGCAGAACUAUGAGCCGAGGCGAGAAGCGAGAUCUUCAAAAAUCAAUCAAGGAGCUUCCUGGAGAAAAUCUCAAACGUGUUAUUGAAAUCAUCAAAGACCACUAUGUAGCUUCGGGGAAAGAAUUUUCUGAUGAGGUUAUAGUCAACAUGGAGGAGGAAGACAGCAUAAUGGUUUCGAGAUUGCAUUUCUGUGUUGGCGCAGUGAAGAAUGCUCGGAAACUCGCAAGCUAAGUGGUUACAGGUACAUAUCAAAUGCUCCUUAAUUCCAUGGCCAAAGUUAAUGACAAGGAGAAAAAAGUUGUUAGGUGCAGAGAUUUCACUGUUGCCCGAGUUUUAACUAAGUUGUUAGGUGAAAACUAAGAAUUUUAACUAGAACUAAGGCUAACAACUUAGGCCAUGGGUUUUCUUAGAAUUUUAACUAGAAAGAUCCGACCGGUUGUGGUUCAGUACAGAGAUUUCACUGUUGUCUUGCGCCGGACAGAGAAACUGCCGAUAUGAAGUUUUGUUUAUUGAAGUUUUUGUUCUUUACAAUCUAUUUUUCUUUCUCUACAUUUUGAAGAUCCAAAGCUAUGACUCCUUUUGAUUUGACUCUGG